CCUAGACGACCUUCGGCGGACUAUAUAUUCCUAAAAUCCGACCCUUCUGCGGUUCCAAGUUCUUGAGCUAUUUCUCUUCGCUCUCUGCGGCUGACAGAACUAGCCCAAAUUUGAUCGGACAGGCCCUUUCUUCAUUCCUUCAACAUGGGGAAAACACGUGGUAUGGGAGCUGGACGAAAACUGAAGACCCAUAGAAGAAACCAGAGGUGGGCAGACAAAUCAUAUAAGAAAAGUCACCUUGGAAAUGAAUGGAAGAAGCCGUUUGCUGGAUCUUCUCAUGCAAAGGGCAUUGUGUUAGAAAAAAUUGGCAUUGAGGCAAAGCAGCCCAACUCUGCUAUCAGAAAAUGUGCCAGGGUUCAAUUGAUCAAAAAUGGGAAAAAGAUUGCAGCCUUUGUUCCAAAUGAUGGUUGUUUGAACUACAUCGAGGAAAAUGAUGAGGUGUUGAUUGCUGGAUUUGGUCGUAAGGGGCAUGCAGUAGGAGAUAUUCCUGGAGUUAGGUUCAAGGUUGUGAAGGUUUCUGGUGUGUCCCUCCUAGCUCUUUUCAAGGAGAAGAAGGAAAAGCCCAGAUCUUAAAACUGCUACGUGCUUCAUUUAUUAGCAUCUUUGUGAUUGUGUACUUCUAUGAUCUAGCUUUUCCUUGAGAUCUAUCUUCUUCGUUAAAGCAGACAGCUUUGGACCCUUUCUUCUCUUAUUUGAGCAGCUGCUAGCUUAUGCUCAGUUUGUUUCUUGACGCUUCGUUGAUCCAUAAAUAGGAAAAUGGCAUUUCAACUUCUUUUCAAA